CGUUCCUCGAGAGCUUGAACUCGCCAAUACACUGGAUCAUGGGCAAAAAGAACACAUCAAACGCCGCUUCCUCCCGUGUGCACAGACCAAAGCGUGGUGGACGCGCCCAGCGACAUGGGAGUGCAAGAGCCUCCAAGCAAUCCCAGCCACUGCCUAGCUUUCCUGAGGACGCCGCUAAGCCCUCGAGCAUCAUCGAGGAUGAAAGUUCAGACCGUUCCUCAGGUGAAGAUGAUGAAUCUGGGCGACCGCACAUUGAUGUACCGGUGGCGAUGUGGGACUUCGACCAUUGCGAUCCACGUCGAUGCUCUGGGAAGAAACUCGCCCGCCUCGGUCUCAUAACAGAGCUGAGGGUGGGGUCUAGAUUUCGAGGGGUAGUUGUAUCACCAAAGGCAACCCUCGUCGUGAGCCCUGCAGACAGAGAGAUCGUUGGGCGAGACGGGAUCGCCGUCGUCGAAUGUUCUUGGGCCCGCAUAGACGACGUCCCUUUUUCGAAAAUCGCCAGCCCGCACGAGCGGCUUCUCCCCUACCUGCUUGCAACAAACCCCACCAACUACGGCAAGCCUUGGCGACUGAACUGUGUCGAGGCGCUUGCAGCGACUUUCUACAUUACAGGAUUCGAUCAGCAUGCAGAGACUCUGCUCAGUGCAUUUGGGUGGGGCGAUGCUUUCUGGCGGGUUAAUAGUCCAUACCUCAGACGAUACCAAACAUGCAUAUCAGCAGAGGAGGUUGCCGCGAUGCAGGAGACUAUCAUAGCAGAGCUCGAGGAGAGCUACCAGGAAUCACGCAGGGUGAAAGCAGAUGAAGCUGGGAGUACUGAGGAUCUUCUUGUCCGGAAUCCUAAUCACGACAUAUCCAGUGAUGAUGGGUCAAGUUCCGCAUCAGAGGGCGAUGAGGACAACACGGAGGCGUUGUAG